UUUCCUCCCCCCCCUCCAUCUCUCCUAAGAUUUGAAGCUUCUUCUCCUUCCGUUCGGCCUCCGCUGAUCCUCUCCGCUUUCCCAUUUAAUAUCUCGGAAACAGCGCCUGCCCGCAUUACUAAAAGCUCCAACCUGUGGACGAAGCGCCCAUGUUCCGAUCUCUGGAGGGAGUCAUCCUUUGAAAGGAGAGAAAAAGAGAGGAGCAGAAAGAAGGGGAGAAAUGGUGGCAUGGAAGGUGGGCAGUGCUGGGUCCACAGGGAACUCUUGCUUCGCCCACAAGCCGGUGACCUCCCCCCUCUCCCUUUGAUCCCGGAGUCCUCUUGGGAAUGUGGGUCUCCCCCAGCUCCCCUUUUGACCACCACCCUCUCCCAUCUCCCACAUGCAUGAGCCUUAUCCUUUUUGGUUUUUAGAUCUUCUGGUUCGUCUCUCUGGCCAAGGGCCACAUCCAGAUGGGCUCCUCCUCCUCCUCCUCCUCCUCCUCCUCCUCCUCCUUUUCCUUCUUGAAAUGGUGGGCGUUCAUGGUUUGUUUGAUGUGGUCUUCUCCCUUCCUCGGCGCCGCGGCCCCAGCCUGCAACCAAGACGACCACCGAGCCCUGAGGGAAUUCGCCGCCAACUUUGCGGGUGGCUCCGUACUCGCAGGUUGGUCCGACGCCGAGACCUGCUGCAGCUGGGAGGGCAUCGUCUGCUCUCGCAGCAGCAACCGAUCCUCCUCCGGUCCCGAGAGAGUCGCCGGGCUGCUCCUCCCCGGCCGCGGCCUCGAGGGGACCAUCUCCGGCUCUCUCGGCAAGUUGGACCAGCUUCGGCGCCUCGACCUCUCCCGCAACCUCCUCAGGGGUGGCAUCCCCGAGGAGCUCUCCAAUCUGAGCCUGCUUGAGCUUCUUGACUUCGGCUACAAUGAGCUGUCGGGGUCCAUCACUCCGGUCCGUGGCAUGGCGGGCCUCAGGAUGGCGAACCUGUCUUCCAAUUCCUUCAAUGGGUCUCUGUUUGAUCUCGGGGCAUUGCCUCAUCUCUCCUACUUCAACAUCAGCAACAAUUCCCUGGCGGGGCGGAUCGGUCCCGAUAUCUGCAUUGGCUCCCAGGCGAUUCGGGUUCUGGACUUGUCGUCGAAUCUCUUCUCGGGGCCGCUCCCCGGAGGCGGCGCUCUCGACUGCAACGCAACCUUGCAAGUGCUGUACCUCGGCUCCAACUCUUUCGCAGGUGAUCUCCCUGACUCCCUCUUCGAUUUGGUCUCGCUGGAGAGGCUGUCGCUGUCCUCCAACGACUUCUCUGGUAGAUUGAGCUCGAGGCUGAGCAAGCUUUCGAGCCUUAGAACGUUGAUCCUUUCGGUGAACCGGUUCUCCGGUCGCCUUCCCAAUGUGUUUGGGAACCUUACAAUGCUCGAGCAGCUCAUCGCCGCCUCCAAUUCCUUCUCCGGAAUGCUCCCUCGUUCCUUAGCCCAUUGCUCGAUGCUUCGAGAUCUUGAUCUUAGGAACAACUCCUUUACUGGUUCUAUCGAUCUGAACUUCACCGGUAUGCCGCAUCUUUCUUGUCUUGACCUCGCAACCAAUCACUUCAAGGGUUCUCUCCCGACCAGCCUAUCCAAUUGCCGACAAUUGAGAACUCUGAGUCUUGCCAAGAAUGGCCUGUCGGGUCAAAUCCCUGAGGAGUUCGGGAAUCUCGCGUCCCUUUCUUUGCUCUCCUUAUCCAACAAUAGCUUUCAUAACAUAUCCGGGGCGUUGACCAUUCUCCAGCGGUGCAAGAACUUGACCACACUUAUCCUCACCAAGAAUUUUCUUGGAGAAGAGGUUCCUAGGAUCUCCAAUGGGUUCGAGAACCUGGCGGUCCUCGCACUCGGAAACUGCGCUCUCAGAGGUCAAAUUCCUCAGUGGUUGGUGGACUGUAAGAAAUUGCAGGUCUUGGAUUUGUCGUGGAACCACUUGAAUGGCACUAUUCCCGCUUGGAUUGGGCAGCUGGACGAUCUAAUAUACCUGGACAUCUCGAACAAUUCCCUGAGUGGCGAGAUUCCGAAGAGUUUGACCCAGCUGAAGAGCCUUGUUCUCACUAACAGCUCGGUGAAUGGGAGCUCGCUGGGUAUGCCGUUGUAUGUUAAACGCAACCAAAGCAUCCAUGGCCUGCAGUACAAUCAAGUUUCGAGCUUUCCUCCAUCUUUGUGUGUGAACGACAAUGGGAUUAAUGGGUCGAUUUGGCCUGAGUUUGGGCAGUUGAAGGCGCUCCAUGUCUUGGAUUUGAGCAAUAACGACAUCACCGGAAGCAUUCCUGACACCCUUUCUGAGAUGGAGAACUUGGAGGUGCUGGACCUGUCGUGGAACGGGCUUAAUGGAUCGAUUCCUGCAUCUCUGAGUAAGCUCACAUUCCUAUCGAAGUUCAGUGUGGCUCAUAACCACUUGCAGGGAGAGAUCCCGGCUGGGGGGCAGUUCUUCACCUUCUCUAACUCAAGUUUUGAGGGCAAUCCAGGAUUGUGCAGGGGCACAGGUUCUUGUAAAAAAAAUGGAGUCAUGGGGCAAAGUCCUGAAAUUCCAUCGAGCGCGGGCAAUAAGAUUGGAAGGAGUAGCAUACUUGGAAUUACCAUCAGUAUUGGGGUGGGGAUUGCAUUUCUUUUGGCUGUUGUGCUGCUUAAUAUGUCAAGGAAGGAGGUGGGAGAUGCAGAAGAUGAAGAGGAUUUUGAAGAGAGGACGCACAGAUUAUCUGACUCGGGUUCAAAGUUGGUAUUUUUCUUUCAAAAUUCUGACUCCAAGGAGCUAACCAUCAGCGACCUUCUGAAAUCCACAAACAACUUUGACCAAGCAAAUAUCAUCGGGUGCGGGGGGUUCGGCCUGGUGUACAAGGCAUAUCUUCCUGAUGGAACGAAAGCUGCAAUUAAGAGGCUUUCUGGUGACUGCGGGCAGAUGGAGCGAGAAUUCCAUGCAGAGGUGGAAGCCCUCUCGAGAGCCCAGCAUAAGAACCUUGUUUUGCUGAAAGGGUACUGCAGAUAUGGUAAUGAUCGGUUGCUGAUAUAUUCGUAUAUGGAGAAUGGAAGUCUGGAUUACUGGCUACAUGAGAUGGUGGAUGGUGGGUCUCUGCUAAGGUGGGAGUCGAGGCUGAAGAUAGCUCAGGGAUCAGCAAGGGGAUUGGCGUACUUGCACAAAGUCUGCGAGCCCAACAUUAUCCACCGAGAUGUGAAGUCAAGCAACAUUCUGCUGGAUGAAAAAUUCGAAGCCCAUUUGGCUGAUUUCGGUCUGUCAAGGCUGAUUCGGCCAUACGACACUCAUGUGACCACCGAUCUUGUAGGAACUCUGGGAUACAUUCCCCCCGAGUACAGCCAGACAUUGACGGCCACUCUGAAGGGGGAUGUUUUCAGCUUUGGGGUUGUUCUGUUGGAGCUUCUUACCGGUAGAAGGCCUGUGGAUGUGUGCAAGGCUAAAGGGUGCAGGGACCUGGUAACAUGGGUGCUUCAGAUGAAGUCUGAGAAGAAGGAAGAGCUGGUAUUCGAUGCUGCAAUUUGGAAUAAGGCCUAUGAAAAGCAGCUUCUGAUGGUUCUUGAGACUGCAUGCAAAUGCAUCAGCCCAGAUCCACGGCACAGGCCCUCAAUCGAGCAUGUUGUUUCAUGGCUCGACAGAGUUGGAUCUGAUGCCUGAUUCUCUAAAUUUGUCAUCUUUUUCUUAUAAUAUAGUUUCUGUACGAUCUUCAAGAGAAUGACUUAGAAGUGGUUUGAGUCCAAUUUUGGAGAAAAACAUGUAAAUAAGUGUGCUUCUUUUAGUUUCUGUUAGACAAGAGAGCAAAAUAUAUUUUUAACUCCGGCCUUUUUCAUUUCAU